AUGUCUACCACUCCUCGAAGUAGAUCAGAUACCAUAUCUCCCCAGACUGCCGAGCUGAUAGACAAGCCUGAGCAAGAUCUCAAACCCUUGUCUAAGGAGCCCAAGAAACCAAUGAGUUUGGCAGAACAGCGCAGACUCAUUGAAAACGAGUUCGACUUGGAGAUUCUCUUGAAACAUAGGGAGUUGAACCUUGUUGAUGAAGAAAUGAACAAAGUAGAGGCUCAGAUGAUUGCUUUGAGAAACCAUUACAAUAUUCCGGUUGAAGACAAGCUAGAACGAGAGCCAAAAGAUUUCACAGAAAAGUACUUGAAUUUACUGUCAAAAUACAAGAACGAAGCGCAGGAACGAUCAAAUAACCAAGAAGCACAAUAUACCAGCUCCCCCUCAGAGUUUUCAUAUAGAACAAGAUCGCAAACGUCGUCUUUGCGCCCCAUUGGAUCGAAGUUUCUCGCCAGUAGUGGCAAAUGUAUAUAUAGGAGGUCAGACGGCGUUUUAGUCCAAUUGACUUGUAAGAAUUGUGAAAGAACAAAUUUCUCCAGUGCUCAGGGAUUCUUAAAUCAUUGCAGAAUUGCGCAUAACCAAGAGUUUACUUCGCAAGACAAUGCAGCCUUAAUAUGCGGUGAAACACUUCCGGACGAAGAACAAGAUAAAGAAGGGUUAGAUACCGUGAUAGAAUUACGGAAACAAAAUCUGGAUCCAAGUAAGAAUCUGGCGAAGCCACAAUUGAUCUUCACUGGUGAUAGCAAGGGCGAUGUAGGGGCUCAUUCAACAACCUCAACCUCUUCGCCACCUUUAACAGAAAGACCAGCUUCUGCUCCCCGUAAACUUUCAUCACCCGGCGCCGGUGCAAAUGUCACUAAAACUAAAAGUACACAGCAUUUAAAACAGAAGUUCAAGAACAAUCCUGAAUUCGAAGACCUGUUAAAAGAUACAACGUCUGAAGUUUUACGUUCACAUUUACUGGACGACGAAGAGGAGGAUAUAAAUGCCAAUCAGAAUUUGACGGACGAAAACAAGAAUCUUCUUAAGGAAGCCAAGAGGAUGAAUUUGAAAUUGUCUAAGCCCACUAAUGUGGAAAGGCCCAGAUCAUCUUCAUCUUCUGCGGGUGCAAAUUCUCAGAGACAUCGAAGAAAAUCAAGAGGUGGGGUAGGGCUACGUAAGAGAGAAGCAUCUCCGGGAGAGCAAGAGGAUCUUCCCAAAUUGAGACUCAAGUUGAACGUGAAUCCAACUACUCCUUCACCAUCAGAAGAUACGGAUGCGUCAAAUACGACGAAAGUCAAAGCAGAGGAUACGGUUCCUCAGCCAAAUAUUGAGCCCAAGAAGCCAGGACAUAUGAGGACUCGAAGCAAGGUCAACUUAGCAGAAUCACCUGGCAUUUAG